AAUCAGACAACCAGACUGAGUGAAGGAUCAAAAUAGCAGCAGACGGCAAUCAUGGCGGUGUUUGGUGCACAGCUGGUGGUGACGAUGGUGAUGGCCAGUGUGCUUUCCCGCAUCACGCCGCACUACUCCUGGCACGCUGGUUCCUCUGUGGCACGGGGUUAGUGUAUUACCUCCACCCGACUGACGAGGAACUGCGGAGCCAGGCGGGACUGCAGAAGGAGAAGGGGAAGAAGGGGAAGGGAGGAGGGAAGGGCGGCGGUAAAGGAGGAGGUGGAGGAGGCGGAGAGGACGACGGAGGGUUCACAGUGCCGCGUAGCCUUGACCUGACCCUGGAGACCGCUCGGCUGGGCCCCGGUGAGGUCAUCCAGCUCAGGUUCUAUGCAGAGUACCAGUGGCUCCUUGACUUCUCCCUCUGUGCUAUGCUGGUGUAUGUCAUCACCGAGGUGUUGAUGGCCGUGGCUCCUCCCAGGGCUGAAGUCAACCUUAGCAUGCUGUGGUGCCUCCUGGCCAUUGGAUUCUCUCUCAAGAUUAUGUUCACCCUGGCCAUGCUGUACUUCCGAGGGGAGGACUCGGGCGGGGAGAAGGCCAUGGUGGUGCUGUCCUUCUUCACCUACCUCCUCAUUGCCCUUGGGAUGCUGAUACUGGAUGAGAGCAAACUAGAGAUGGGGCUGGAUUUGGCCUACUCCUCCUUCAAUGCUAGUGCUGCAGCCUUCCUCCGAGCGCAGGGCCUGCCGUCUGACGGGCCGGCCUCCAAGGUGACAUUCAAGCUGAGUCUGGCAGUGCUGUGUGCCGUCAUUGGUGCGUUCUUCACCUUCCCUGGGCUGAGGCUGGGCAAGAUGCACUGGGACUCACUCAGGUACUGUACGGAAAGCAAGGUCCUGCGAGCACUGUUCCACCUCAGCUUUGUGGCUCCCCUGCUGCUGGUCACCAUGUGGAUUCGGCCAGUCUCCCGCCGCUACCUGACAGAGUACACCCUGCCAGGCCGCUCCCACCCCCUCAUGGGACCCGACACCUUUGACACGCUGAGGAUUGUGAUGGUGCUGACGGUGAGUGCAGUGAGGCUGGGACUUAUGCCUUACUACCUACAGUCCUACCUCAACCUGGCGUACGAGAAAAUAGAAGCACAGAAGAAGGAGUCAGGUCGCAUAUCCAACAAGGACCUGCAGAAAAAAAUAGCGGGUGUAUUCUACUACCUGUGUGUUGUGACGCUGCAGUACGUGGCGCCCAUUGUGCUGUGUCUCUUCCUCUCCCUCAUGUUCAAGACUCUCGGUGGGUUAAGCUGGGCGGCCUUGCUUGGGAGUCAGUCCAGCCCCGGGGAGUGUGGCCUUACUCCCGAGGGUGGCGCUGAGUCCGCCCCUCUCCCAGCCCUGCAGGAUGCUGAGACUGUGAUGGAGGCCACACGCAUCCUCACCCUAGGCAUUGAGGAGGUCAAGAAGGUCUUCACCACAGAGUUUUACAGAGGCGUGCUUGGCUUCACAACCUGGUGGUGCGUGUUCUCCUGGUUCCUCUCAGGGACAUUCGGUGUUGCCUACCAGUCCUACUUCACCAAAGGAUAGUGCAUCUGUCUGUCCACUGCUGACUCAACCAUCCAUUUAUCUCGUCUAUUUGCAUGGUAAUUCCCCUCGCCUUACCUCACCUCAUCUCUCCUUUCCCCUCCCCUCCCCUCAUUUUUUUUUUUUUUUUUUUUUUUUUGAUUUAAUUACUUUCAUGUUUUGUUGCCUCGUGUGAAAAUUUUAGGCAUGGUAAGUAUUUGUUGUGCUGUUGUUUUUUAUAUAUACUUUUCUUUUAUAUAUUUGUGUCGUGUGGCUGGUUUUAUUUUUGUUUGUGGUUAUGUUUUGUUGUCUAGAUUAGAAAGUUUUAACUGGAAAGCAUUUUUUAGAUAUUUUGUAUUGGUUUUAUGUUCAUUUGUCUAUUUUGUUUUUUAUUUUAUCUCUUUUUUCAUUCAUUCCUAUUCUUUCUCCCCACUGAGGCUGGUGCCUAAUCACUAUGUUCAUGUUGGUACCCCUGUGUGUGUAUCUUAUUUUGGGUGGAGAAGAUUCACUGUAUCCCUUUGUUUGGUUCCCAGUGUUGUUGAAGGUGCCUUCCACAAAUCAUCAUGGCAGAUUGUCCCUCCCCAUUCAUUUCUUUUAUUCUGUUUUAUUGUAUGUGUCUUGCAAGUGCACACAUUAUGAGUUAAAAGUAUGUGUGUUUAUCAUGACCAGACAGAAAUGAGAGAAGACUUGUAUUAUGCAUGAGGAAAGUUACAUGUGUAGAUAAAUUAGAAAAAUAUCUGAGGAGUAUGAAGAAACGAAAUGCAGGUUAGAGACAAAAGUGUAAAUAAAGUUAAAAUGAUCUCUAAGUAAAGUGAAAAGUGUAAUAUGUAUAGUAAGGGAGAACUGUAAGCUGCUUGAGCCUUUGUAAAUAGUCAAUUAUGCACAAAGAACUCAUCAAGAAGAUAAUCAUCCCAGUAAACACCACCUCAAGCCUUCAAGAACACACACACACACACACACACACACACACACACACACACACACACACACACACACACACACACACACACACACACACACACACACACACACACACACACACACACACACACACACACACACACACACACACACACACACACACACACACACACACACACACACACACACCUCUAAACAUUGCUGGAUUGGCCAGUUUGCAUAGCUACUUGUUGAUGAGACGAGAGAGUAAUAAUCAAAACUUUCUAAAUCGCAUGUCAGUAAUUUUUCCUUUCUCUCACAAGCUAGAAAAUGAAGCCACCACUAUAAAUAAGGGUGUCUGAGGUGCAGCUUUCCAUUUAAGGUGGAAAUAAGUUAAUAGAGGUGCUUAUUUUUAGUUACUGUAAAGAAAAGAGUCUUGCAUCGCACCUUUUGAAGUGUCUGAAUAAGAGAUGUACCUUUCUAUUCAAGGAGAGAGAGAGAGAGAGAGAGAGAGAGA